CCCAGCUCGCUCCAUCCCUGCCUCGCCGGGGCUGGUGCUUUCGCGCUGCUGCGUUGGGGAGAGUGGCCGCUCGGAGUCCGGGUCGCCAUGGCUGGUUACGAGUACGUGAGCGCGGAGCAGCUGGCUGGCUUUGACAAGUACAAGUACAGUGCUGUCGAUACCAACCCACUCUCUCUGUAUGUCAUGCAUCCAUUUUGGAACACUAUAGUAAAGGUAUUUCCUACUUGGCUGGCUCCAAAUCUGAUAACUUUUUCUGGCUUUCUGCUGGUUGUAUUCAAUUUCCUACUUCUGUCAUACUUUGAUCCUGACUUUUAUGCUUCAGCACCAGGUCAUAAACACGUUCCUGGCUGGGUUUGGAUUGUGGUGGGCAUCCUCAACUUUGUUGCCUACACUCUAGAUGGUGUGGAUGGAAAGCAGGCCCGCAGAACCAACUCCAGCACCCCGUUAGGGGAGCUAUUUGACCAUGGCCUGGAUAGCUGGUCAUGUGUUUACUUUGUCGUCACUGUGUAUUCCAUCUUUGGACGAGGACCUUCCGGUGUCAGUGUUUUUGUUCUUUACCUGCUGCUCUGGGUGGUUUUGUUUUCUUUCAUCCUGUCCCACUGGGAAAAGUAUAACACUGGAGUUCUUUUCCUGCCGUGGGGCUACGACAUUAGCCAGGUGACUAUUUCUUUUGUCUACAUAGUGACUGCGAUUGUGGGAGUUGAGGCCUGGUAUGAACCUUUCCUGUUUAAUUUCUUAUAUAGAGACCUAUUCACUACAAUGAUUAUUGGUUGUGCAUUAUGUGUGACUCUUCCAAUGAGUUUAUUAAACUUCUACAAAAGCUAUAAAAGUAACAGCUUGAAACACAAUUCAAUCUAUGAAGCUCUGGUCCCCUUCUUUUCUCCAUGUUUGCUAUUCAUUUUGUCUACAGCCUGGAUCCUCCAGUCACCUUCUGAUAUUUUAGAGAUGCAUCCUAGAGUAUUCUACUUUAUGGUUGGAACAGCCUUUGCCAAUAUCACAUGUCAGCUGAUUGUUUGUCAAAUGAGCAAUACCAGAUGUCCAACUUUGAAUUGGUUGCUGGUUCCUCUCUUCUUGGUUGUCAUGGUGGUAAACUUAGGAGUCGCCUCUUACGUUGAGAGUGUGCUCCUCUAUACAACAACAGCGGUUUUCACUCUGGCCCACAUCCAUUAUGGAGUACGAGUGGUAAAGCAACUGAGCAGCCAUUUUCAGAUUUACCCGUUCUCAUUAAGGAAACCCAACUCAGAUUGACUAGGAAUGGAAGAAAAGAAUAUUGGCCUGUAAUCUACAGAAAGAAGUACUGUAAAUACGAUGCUUGUAAAUAUUUCAUCUAUCACCAUUGAACUAAACUGAUCUGCUUAACAGACAUGGGAACUCUGUGUGUGGUACUUGUACAGCAAAAAUGAUACAUUUAAUCUGAAAAGUGGAAUUUCGAACCUACUAACUCCCACCUUAUUUUAUUUUUUAUUGAACCAUGUGAUGUUUUGGUGAAGCCUAAUGUACAUUAGACCAGCAAAAUGUUUCUAGACAUUUUAACUUCAUGAGUCCAUAAUGUUUUGGUUCAUACAGAGUUAAAGAUGCUUUAUUUUUUAUUAUUUAAAACACCCCCAAAUUGUUUUAAAACACUGAUGAUGUUCAGAAAACCACAAUAUGUUUUUGUAUUUGGUUCUCAGUAAUGGGUCGUUAGCUCCAGAAGCUCUCAGUAGUCCACGUCUAACAUCAGGAAAAGAUAAGAGCAAGUCGCCUUCAGUAAGAGGUGCCACAUGACUUCAGGACGAUAUACCGGUUUGCCAAUAUACUGGUUUCUCUUUCCCACGGAAAUGCCUUUGUCCUCAUGUGUUAAGAGAGCUAGGAUAUAUGUUUAGAUUCUCUAAUAUUCUGGCUCUCUUUGUUAUGGAGCAGAGCUUUGUCAAUGGUUUAAUUUUCUUUUUAAAGAAAAAUAUUCUAUUGAGACUCAAUAGAGAAUGGAAUGGAAUUGUAGCUCUCCCAUUGGCAUGGAUCAUUGUUUAAAUGUGGCAUUUCCCCCCUCAGCUCUAAGAUGCUGAGAUUUGGUGCCUGAGAACUGAUUAAGUGAAUGCACGUUCCAUUGUGAGUCUAAUGGUGACUACUUGCGAGGAACACAGAUGAACUUCCUUCUUGGAGAAAUUUACUUUGGGUUAGGACUCUCAUGAACCUCACUAUGAAAUGAGUUUUGUAAUUCAGUUUGUCCUUCCUUCCUUCCUCUCUUUUUGUAGAGGAGAGAGUGCUGUGCAUUUUUUUAAAUUUCUUAUUUUAUUCAGGAUAAAGAGGUAGAGAGAAACUCUUCUCCAGCUUGCCCGCCUUCCCACUUGAAGAAUUUUUUUUUAAAUAUAUGCCUUAUUGAGUACAUACUCUCUUUAAUAAUACUUGGAACAGUUUUUGAGGUUUACAGACAAGCAUCAAAAUCUCUUUGACUUUAAUGUGGUUAUUUGAUAGCUCACACCUUUCCAUGAAUGUGGAUAUUUCCUUCUUCUUUUUACUUUGUGUCUCUUAACUUUGGUGGUAGUGAAAUUUACUCCCUGGUUUUCUUUUAUUUUUCACUGAAUGAAAUUGUGCUUGAAUGAAGAGUGUAUCUUAAACCCUGUUUUUGGAUGGAUUGCACUUGGAUAAAAUAGGCACCACUGUGUUGAUAUGUAAUUAAGUUCAUAACCAUUAUUUAUCUGGGAAUGUGACUAUUUUAAAAUUUCAUUAUAUAGUGUAUUUCUUUGUUGAACUUCUGUCUGCUGCUUUGUAAAAAAUAACUAUAUAAUUGAUAUUUCAGUUCCUAAAUUUAUAAAUUCUAAUAAUUGUCAUCUCGGUCAUUAGAAAUGAAGAGCCAAGGAACUGAUCUCAUGGUUCUGUACUCAUUUUUAAAAAUGUUUGUAAAGGUUGAGGUAUAUUCAGUGACUUUAUCUGAGACAAAAAUGAACACCGCAAAUUGGUGAGAAAUUGAUGCCAGAAAAUGUGGGUAGUGAUUCCAUGUUUGUUGAGAAGUUGCCAUCAUCGAGGUCAGAGGAUGAAUCAGUUACGUGAGGGAAAGGCUCUUCUCAGUAGACCUCGUUCCGUGUCAUCUGUAAAACUGGGGAAAGUGUUCUUUUGGGCUGGGAACAGAGCUUUGUUUUAAGGUUUCUGAGCUAAUCAUUUCACUGUUCUGUUGACCUUGUGCACAAGAAUGAGGUUAGUCUGUACUCUAUCGGAAAGGAACGGAUUCGUAUUUAUAAAAUGACACAUUGGACCACAGGCUUCCUUCACUUAUAGCACAGCAAGAAAAUACCUCUCUCUCUGGCGGAAGGUCCCGUCCUGUCAUUUGGGGGCUUUUACCUCAAAGUGUGUUUCUGCUCUCUUUCUGUUGCAUCAAGUUCAUUUGAGAAUUGUUUUGUGCCUAUACUUUAUGACUUAUUCCCCUCUGGUGGUAAAGAAUGUUGCCAUCGUCAGUUUUAUCGACAUCCUUAGAGGAAAGAAAAGGGACUCUCAGCAAGGUGAAAGUAAAAGUGGGAUGAGCUGUCUCAGAACAUCGUGAACUGUGCCUCUGGAGUGUGUGCUGCUGACUUGUUCUCGGUGUAGUCUGCCAUCUUCAAGUGCAUCUUGAAAGACCCCGUUUGUUAUGUGGUGAUGGGGUGCCUGAGCAGGACUUAGUUACAAAUAGCUCUGUGCAUUUAUGUCCUGCAGUUACCACGACACAGCCUUUCUGCCAGCAUACACUGAGCUGCCUUUUGGGGGAACAAUGGGAUGGUUGGUCACCCCUACAUGUUUUCUGUACAUUUCAGAAUAGAGUGCCUUAGCCAGGCCAGAGGUUUACUUUGUGUUUCUACUGACCAAAGUUACCUAACCUGUAAGAGAAGUUUCUUUUCAGGUUCUGGUAUGAAAAAUGCCCUUUCUUGCUUGUCAGAAAAGAAUUCCGCUAUAUUUGAGGGGGGCAUGAGAUAGAAAAAUUAGAAAAUACCUGGAUACAGAAUGUUAAUGCUGCCUUUUGUGAACUUCAAUAACAUGAUCUUAGUGCAACAAAAGUUUAAAUUUGUUACAUUUUAAAUCGUCAUUCCUCCACUAAUAUGUAAUGAAUCUAGUUUAUGGGUUUUAGCCUUCAGGGUACUAGAGUAACUUCCAAAUAGAAAACUAAAUAAUCUUCCUUGAUAUUGAAUAAUAUCUUGGUUAAUUCUAAUUUAAUUCUAAUGUAAAAGUACUUUUAAUUCUAAUUUAAAAAGAAAUGCUGAUUAUGGUCUAGAAUGUUAGGUACUACUACCAACACAUCAUUUAUUUUAAUAUAGAGCUGUUAGGAGAGGAAUGUAUCAAAUUCCAAAUUAGAUACAGAAGAGUGUUGACCAUGGUCUGGAACCUGGGCAUUGGGGGAAUAUGCAUAGCAAAAACAAAAACAAAACAAAAAAAAGUGUCAUACAUCCUUUAAGGAUAAGUAGGGAUCACCUUAAUGCCUAAUGCCCAUGGGGCCAAUGAUUUAAGUGUAAUGCAUAUUUUAAAAUUAUCACACUAUAGCUCAUCAUUCCUCGACUAAUUUUGGACUCAGCUGUGAAUUUGAAAGUUUCCUAAUUGUUUAAUUUACGAAGAAUUAGUGUACUUUGUAGUUAGUCAUAAAGCAUUGGGAAUGUUCCUUGUUGUCCGAAGCAGACUUUGAUUCUGUAACCUAUGGAGGAUAAAAAGGUAAUCUGAAGGUGCUUGAAUCAAAGGCUACUUUCCCCCUUAUAUUUUAACUAGAAGUCUGUAACUCUUCCUCUCCAGUCUUCACCUGGGUUUCACGUUAACUAGCCACUGCCUAGGACAGAGAGGCCCACCUGCUGUGUUGCCCCAGAUCUUGCCACAUUCAAAUCUCCUUGAUCGCCUUUAGAAAUCUUGUCCAGUCAAGGACUGGGAACGGGCCAGAGGAGACAAAGUAAACCUGAUGGGCUAGAUUAACGUUGACCUUGGGUUUCCAAAGAAGCCAAAAACAGGUACGGAGAUCUUUGGUUGUGUUGGUUCCUGUGUUCAGAGUGGCCUUUCUCUUGACCUCAGAUCUGGACAUGAUUGAGCACUCUUCUUCUAGGAAAUUUCGAGGUCAGACUAGAAUCUUCUUUGUCCUAUGAGAUUUCUUUAUAAGGCAGCGUGCCCUUUCUUGAACACCCUGUGGGUGAACAACCUUAUUAGGUUAGCUGCCAAUACUAGAACCUUCCAGGAGUUUUAACUAGUAUGCUGCAUUUGAAGCACUUUGACAUGUACGUUUAAGGUGACAGUUUUAACAAUGAAAUGUUGUUCAAUUAAUCACUGUGAACCUUGAAAGUGUGAAGCUCUGCAUUUUAGAAUAGCUUAAGUAGAUUCCGAUUUUCCUUGAUUAAUUAUGAGAUGUGAUUUGUAUAUUUUUACUUUUCAUCUUUGACGGUGGUUCAAAUGACUGACAUGUUGGCAGGCAGCUGCUUUUAGGGUCUAUGAUCAAUUAUGGUGGUUUAACUUUUCCAGAGAAAGUGGCGAUGUGUUUACUUUUUUCUUGCAUGGAGCCAUGGGAAUUGGUUUUUUUGGCUCAUUCAUUUCCAGUGUUUCUACGGUGCAAAAUAAAUGUCAUCUUACUUUUUAACCUGCAUGCAAGUAAUGUGCUUUGGUUUUUAGUAAACAAAUACGCAAAAGAUAGUCAUCUGGCUGAUUUUAUUUGUUUGUUUGUUUUUAAACAGGGACCUGCUCUUUAUACAGACAGAUCGUCACUAGCUAAUAUUUAGGAUAGCAAAGGCAGUUUUGCCACUUGUAGCCCUCUCACGGGUGGCCUGAGCAAGGGGGUGAGAUUGCAUUUGGCCAGAAAGGCCCGGUCCCCAGAAUUGGAGAGUGGCACAGGGACUGAUUUUUUUAAUAAGGGCUCGUCUUCUUAGGGAGGUCCGUUUGGAUACAACAGGAGUGACUGGUCUCCCACAGGCCAUUCACACUGCCUGGGUCUUCACAGAGUCAUUCUUGAAAGCCAGGCGGCAUCAGAGGGUGCUGUUUUUAAAGCAUGUGCGUUGGAUCAUGACCAUAGGGUACCUAAUGCUACAUUGAAAUUAGAGUCAGGUUUGAAGACAAGGAGUGGCUAAAUGCUGUGGUGCCUAGGCUCUUUGGCUACCUCCUGUCUUCUCUCGAGCAGUUAAUAAGGGUAACCACUAAAAUUAACUUUUUAAAAAUUUAAUCAUACAUAAUUCUCCAUGAAUUCUAGAUUCUGAUAUUCUUGACAAGCACUUUUUAUUAUCUAAGAAGUUUCUGAUGAGGAACAUGUUUUAAUUUUACAAGAUCUCUGCAUGCUGCAUUGUAAAUCUGUUUAAAAUACUGGUAUCAUUCCACGUCAGUCUUUGAAUUUAAUAACUACUAUUUAAGAUUGCCUCACAAUAUUAACUUUUUUUUUUUGUAGAUUAUUUUGUUUAGAUAACUUGCCCCAUUAGAGCAGCCAUACAAGAUACAAAGACCCAGCUACAUGGGUUACUUACUCAUUCUGAAAUGUGCCAAGAAAGCAGAAUUUAGCAUUAAACUCUAAAUUUCAACUUCUUUAAAAAAAAAGGUAGCAUUUCCUCUGGUAAAGGAGUAGUCAGUGGAUAAUUGCCAAGGUGUAGAGGUAUAAACUUCCUGCUGCCGUCUUCUCCCCUCCCCUCCCCUUCCCCACCUCCCCUCCAUCUAAUAUAAUAGAUGAAAUCUGUAACCAAUUGCAGAAAAAGAACUGGAUGCUUUUCUGUGUACGGUUUCCUGCCCUGUGAUUAAGAAUGGGUGGCAGGAACCAUGGCCGAAUCAAUUACUGUUGCAGUUUGCUUUCUGUAGAUUCUGAAACAAAAGACGGUUCCAUCCCUUCUCAGGUACCUAGAGACAAUACCACUCAAGCAACUGGAAUAUAUUUGCUACAAGUCGAAUACAUUAUCGAAGAAGAAGAGGAGCACAAAAUUUUAUUUUCCCUUUCAAGUAGUUUAAUGGACCAUAUAAUCAGUCUCUCUAGGACUUGCUGUGUUUGUAGUAAAUCAUGUAGCAUUUAUUUUGUCUGGUUAUGUGUGAUGAGAGUGUAUAUAUACAUAGUUCAUAUGUACACAUGUAUUCUCUGUGCAUAUAUAUGUAUGAUCUACUCGUGUGUACAUGCAGUUACUCUUGAUUAUCAGCAAGGUGGUGAGCCCUCCUGCACUUUCUUCCUGCUGACUCGACCUGCAUGGAGCCACAGGCUUUCCUGCUCCUAGCUCAUCUCAGUCCCUGGAAAGGCCCUUGAAAUAAGUCACUUUCCAUUUCCCUUUCACGGGGAUCGUGUGAGCCAGGAAGCCCGCUUUUGAGAAAGACGGCCACUUCCACGCGGGCUGAGGCUUCUGGGUCUGAAGGUGAUGGGGCCCAUUCCUGGCUGGCAGGCAGCUCCGGCCUCGGCGCCUGCAGAAGUGGGGCUUCGCAACUCGCUUCAGUUCCUUAGCAGGAAUCCUGUAAAAUCGUAGAUAAGUCUGUGAUGUACAACCAUGUGUUUGACCGAUGUAUUUGCAUCAGCUGUGUUGCUGUUUCCCGUCGCUACCCCAGAUAAUCAAGACCUGACUGUUUCUUGCCACUGGAUUCCAGAAGCCUUGUCCUUUCAACUGGAUUUAAUGUUUAUUUCUGCUGCUGUGAAACCCAAAAGUAAUGCAGUAGGUUUUAAUUUAAAAUUGUUUAAUUCCAUGAUUGAUAAAUAUUUAUUGUAAUAAAAAGUAAAGAGUAAAUAAUUUUUAAAUCCUU